CUCAGCUUCACCUCCGCAGCGAAUGACACCCUAUUUGCAUCGGGACUACAUGUCGCAAAUCCAAUACGAACUUGUUGCAUCUGGCCGGUAUGUCGACCUUCCUGGAAAUCGAUGGACGAAGAGAACGGAAUGAGGAUGAGGGGACGACAUGCAGCACCGGUUUGGGCAGAUAAGCGAGAAAAGACUUGGUGGGAACACGAGGGCAUACCCGGAACGCAGCGUACUGGAGGAGGAGGAGCGGUCGUCCCGGCGCGACGAGAGCUGCAGGCUGAUGGGCAUCGCCACUGAUGCCAAACACGCACAAACAUACCUGGCUGGGCGUUUACCGCUCUUCGAGACAAACGACGACGUUGUUCUGUCCACUCUCGCUCACUGCUCGUCCUCGGUUCUUCUCUCUGCUGUUUGGAAAGGUUAUCAGAAUCCCUAGGGCACUCGGAACUUGCGUACGCGGACACAGAAGGACGACACGAAUGCUGUGGAAGUUGUGACUGCACAACUUCGAGCUCUCUAAUCUUCCAUGAACCCGCCGUACAUACCUCCGGGCAAUCAAUUCGUCUUCCCGCCGCAAUACGAUUACGCCCAGCCCGUCCAGCCGCCCCCUCAACCUCCCCAGGAUCCCUUCCUUCCCCAAGACUACCCUCCUCAGUUUCCCGCAUACUCCCAAGAGCCCCAGUUCAACGGAUACAUCGGCAUAGCUCCUGGUCCGCCACCGUACCCCCAGCCCGAAGGUCUCCCCUCCCCGACUACUCUGCGCAUCAAAUUACCUGCCAUGGCCCCUUCCACUCGCCGCACAUCUCGUCAUCAACCCAGUAGUCCUACUGCGUCCGGCUCCGAAUAUCACGAGAGCGAUAAAUCAAUGGAGGUGGAGGACAACCAGCCUCCAGAAGAAGAGCCUGAAGAGCCUAAGGAAUUUGUGGUGUCCUCCCGUGGUCGACGUAUCACGAAGAAGUCAUACAUGGAAUCCGCCAGCGAGGAGGAUCCUAUAGACGUCAUCUCUCCAAAAGGCAAGGCCAAGCAGGUCGCCGUCCCGGACGCAGAGGACGAGGAAGAUGAAGAACCCACCGGUCGCUACGCUCUUCGUCGGCACAACACUCGCGGCGUCUCAAGCAAACUCAAUGGGUUCAUUGUCAGUGACGAAGAGGACGGUGCAGCGAAAGUGGGCCGGUAUCCGACGCGCAACCGAAGCAAGAAUGCCCCUCCCAGUAAUGGCAAUUCGAAUGGCGGUGGCCGUAUCACGCGGCGGUCAAAUGGCCGGUCUCAGCCUCAAGCGUCCGGUUCUCAGAAGAAGCGGAUGUCGACGCGACGCACGCGCUCUAGUGCUCACGACGACGAAGACGAGGAGGGCUAUGUUGACGAACCAUCCUCCGGCUCCGCAGAUGGCGACGGUUCUGUCGAUGACGCUCCCGCCACGUCUCCAGAGCCCGAGGUCGACGCAGAUGCUGAUGGUGAGGGAGAUGCCGACGGUGACGGGGAAGCCGAAACCGACGGUAAGCCCUACUCGCUGCGACAGAGGACGAAGAUCAACUACGCCAUCCCACCACCGCUCGAGGAGAUGCGGGCUCCACCACCAAAGCCUCGUCCUGGUGCUUCUCGUGGCCACCGCGGUCACGGCAGACCAAAGCCUCCCGGAUGGAGCGCGACGGGUGCGGAACUGAGCAGAUGGAUGGGUGCGGCGGCCGAUGACUCUGAUUCCGACCACGCCACUCGAACUCCCCGAAAGCCGUUCGGCGGCCUCGCUGGCGCCGGCGGCGCGGGUGCCUUCGCUGGUGCCGGAAACGCGGGUGGUUUCUUGCCUAGUGAUCUUGCUGCAGCGGCAGGGACCCCAUCCAACCUAGGCAAGGUUGGAGACGCUGUCCUUGCGGAUGCGGAUCCCCUGGGUGUAAACCAAAACGUUACUUUUGAUGAGGUUGGCGGCCUGGAUGAUCACAUCAACUUGCUGAAGGAAAUGACUCUCCUACCCCUCUUAUAUCCGGAAGUCUUCCAGCGGUUCGACGUUACACCACCCCGUGGUGUUCUCUUCCAUGGCCCUCCUGGGACUGGUAAAACCCUCCUGGCUCGUGCGCUUGCUGCCAGCUGCCGAUCAAAUGGCAAGGGAAUCUCCUUCUUCAUGCGCAAGGGCGCUGACUGUCUUUCGAAAUGGGUUGGCGAAGCUGAACGUCAGCUCCGUCUUCUCUUCGAGGAGGCACGGAACCAGCAACCCAGCAUAAUCUUCUUCGACGAGAUUGACGGUCUUGCACCCGUCCGGUCAUCAAAGCAGGAUCAGAUUCAUGCCUCGAUCGUGUCGACCCUGCUCGCCCUCAUGGACGGUAUGGACGGCCGCGGCCAAGUCAUCGUGAUCGGUGCCACCAAUCGCCCCGACGCGAUCGACCCCGCCCUCCGACGACCUGGACGGUUCGAUCGGGAGUUCUACUUCCCGCUUCCUGGUCUUGAGGCGAGGCAACGCAUCCUCCGCAUCAUGACGCAGAAGUGGGCCGGCUGGGAGGGUGAGAAGGGCGAAGAGCACGUUAAGGGCCUGGCGAAGUUGACGAAGGGUUACGGCGGUGCCGAUCUUAGGGCACUUUGUACGGAGGCAGCCCUGAACGCUGUCCAGCGGCGGUACCCACAGAUCUACAAGUCGAAUGAGCGGCUCACGCUGAAGCCCGAGACGAUCGAGGCGGAGCUUCGAGAUUUCAUGAUCUCCAUCAAGAAGCUUGUGCCCUCAUCGGCCCGCUCAGUGUCAUCGACUGCGUCUCCGCUGCCGACGCAGCUGGUCCCCCUGCUGCAGGAACCGCUGGAGAAGAUCAAAGAGGUCAUCAACAAAGUCCUGCCGGUCAGCAAGAAGCGCACCGCACUUGAAGAAGCGGAAUGGGAGGAUGAGGGGUCGGAGAAUGCUCUCGAGCGCGAGAUCAUGCUGCAAUCGAUGGAGACUCUGCGCAUAUAUCGACCCAGAGUCGUGCUGCACGGUCCCGUGGGCAUGGGUCAAGGCUACGUUGCCGCGGCUGCCCUACAUCAUCUCGAGGGAUACCACAUCCAGAGCUUGGAUCUGGGCUCACUAAUGAGUGACUCAGCGAGGACACCAGAGGCUGCGAUCGUCCAGCUGUUCGUGGAAGCCAAGCGUCAUCAACCUGCUGUGCUCUACAUACCCUCAUUAGUAGGCUGGUGUGCUGCCGUCACGGAGUCCGCUCGAACGACCGUGCGCGCAAUGCUCGAUUCGUUGGCGCCAACCGACCCCGUGCUGCUUCUCGCCGUCGCUGACGGUCCGUUCUCCCAACUUCCCAAGGACGUGCGGCAAUGGUUUGGGCCUACACGGGAGAAUCGCGUCGGAUUGGCGGCCCCACCCGCGUCGCAAAGAGAGGCGUUUUUCGAGGGCCUUUUGAGCGACGUACGGCGCCCUCCAAAUCACUUCCCGGAUGGUAUCAAGCGCAAGAAGCGCGUGCUCGAGGAGCUGCCUGUCGCUCCUCCUCUCGAGCCGCGUCAGCCCUCGGCCGCCGAGCUUGCAGUACAAGAGGAGAGCGAUCAGCGUGUCGUCACGCUGCUUAAGUAUCGCCUUGGGCCUAUCCUCUCCGAGCUCAAGAGGAAGUUCAAGCGGUUUACGAAGCGUGCGAUGGAGGAAUACAACUACGACUUCGAUGCACCGCCUCCACAAGUCGAGAUCGUCUCAUCCACGAUCGAGGUCCACACGGCGCCUAACGGUGUCACCGAGGUCGUGAACGAGACCCGGACGCAACAGGUCAUCGAGCAGCCCAUCGACAACCAGGCCCAACAGCAGCUCGCGUUCCCUCCAUCACCGCCUCUCUUCGAUAUGGACCUCGAGCGUAUGAACGUGGAGCUGUACAAGAGUCGGUACCUCACCCCCGACGACUUCCUGGAUGACAUCCGCAAGAUCGUCCACAAUGCUAACGUCCGGAUCAACGAGGAUCCCGAGCGAUUGUUCAGGGCCCAAGCGAUGCUUACCGCGGCCGAGGUCAGCAUUCAGGACUUCGACCCGCAGUUCCGGAUGGAGUGCCAGCGCAUGGCCGUCCGGGAGCGGCGGCGGCGCGACGACUACCGGCGCGAGAAGGAGAAAGAGAAGGGGAAGGCGGCCGAGCUACCGAACGGCCAGACCUACGCCCCGGGCACGCGUCGUAGUGCGCGUCACAAUGGUCAAGAACCAGAUGUCCAGUACCACGACGACCCAACGCAGAUCGAGCGCAGGGGAAAGCGACAGCGUUCGAAUGAGGCUCCGGCAACGCCGUCGGGAGAUGAAGCCGGCGAGCGUGCGGCGAAGAAGUCGCGCACAGACGGCGAGGAGGGCGAGGAGCCUCGCAGCGCUACGGCCGGUCCCCAUUCUCCCACCAGCAAUGGCCGCUCGAUGAGCGUGCGAUUCGCGGACGAGGUCGAGCAACCCAGCAUGUUACCUCAGAUUGAGGGCCUGGCUGCAAUAGAGGAGGAACCUUCUGCGGAUCAGUCAAACGAGCCGCGCAGAGCCGGAUUCGAUCCUGCCCUCUUGAACCCGUUGCCGUCACCCACAGACCUGCGGGCUAAUGGCCCCAUCGACCCUCCCGACAACCCCUUCACCCCGUCCCGGGCGAGAGCCUCCGAGCAACCCGGCUCGCGUCACGGAUCUGCGCCUCCUAUCAAUGGUCUGCCUACGAAUGCGGGCGUCAUCUUCGACCACGACCAGGCCAUGGAGACCUCGCAGGCGGCAGAGGCGCUCAUGGCUAUGAGCGAAGCGCCAGAGCUACCUCGAGUUGAACCGUCUGAGCUGCAGCCCAUGGAGGUGGAGGUGGCGGAGGGGGUGGAAAUGGUGGUGGAGCGCAGCCCUACGCCGCUUCCUGAUUUCCAUCUGGACGAGGACCUCCUGGACGACCUCAAGUCGUACCUCCGCGAUGCCACGAGCGCGCUCAACGUCGAGCAGCUCGAGCAGCUCCGCGCGACGUGUCUCGGCCUCGUCUGGCGACACCGUUCGGACUGGGAUCGGACUAGCCUGCUGCACGAGCUGAAGAGCACCGCGCGCGAGUUUGUCGAGGAGGUUUCGUUGGACGAGAUGGACGCGAGUUCCCCGUGAGUUUGUUCGGAGUGCGAUUUUCGACAUGUGGGGUUCCGGCGGGACGUUUGUAGAUUAUCAGCUUGUUAUAGUAGCGGUGUUCGUGUAUUGCCAGUGUCUUUAUAUAUCUCUAUUGCUUUUACGGUACCUGAUGAAUCCCUACUUCGCAUCCUCGCGUCCUUUAGCUAGCAGAAGUUGGGGUCAUUCCGCGUAUGUUUUCG